CGCAAGCCUUCAAAGAUUCUCCGGCGUGCGCAAUACGCACCCACGUCUUUCCCACUUAGGGGCGAAGCAACACCAUCCUUAUAUUAAUCAAUUCCAUUUGGGUUGUCUGGGCUAGAAUAACAAGAGAGUUUCAUUGCAUCGUCUGACUGACUAUUUCGCUGCUCCAAGAGCUUCGUGAAUCCUGAUAAGAAGACAUAGAAUGGCUCCUGCAGAUUUAAAUGUUGACUUGGGGAAUGAGUACACGCUUGAUUCAGUGAGGAAAGCUUUGAUUAGACAAGAAGAUACCAUCAUUUUCAGCCUCAUAGAGAGAGCCAACUUUCCAGUCAAUUCUCCCACUUACGAUAAAAGUUACGCCUCUAGUUCUGAUUCAUUGGUGGAGUUCAUUGUUAAGAAUACAGAGUCCAUUCAAGCUAAGGCUGGUAGAUACAAAAAUCCAGAAGAAAAUCCAUUCUUCCCCGAAAAUUUACUGUCCUCAGCCGCACCAAAUUGCUCGUUCCCACAGAUUUUGCACCCUGCAGCUGCUUCGAUUAACAUAAACAAGUGCAUUUGGAAAACAUACUUCGAUGAGCUGCUUCCAAAGUUUGUUGCCUCGGGUGAUGAUGGCAACUAUGCACAAACCGCAGCUUGUGAUCUUUCGUUGUUGCAGGCCAUCUCUAGGAGGAUUCACUAUGGAAAGUUUGUAGCUGAGGUGAAGUUCAGCGAAUCUCCCCAAGACUACGAGCCUCUAAUUCGUGCUCAGGACAGAGAAGGAUUGAUGAAUCUGUUGACAUUCCAGAGAGUGGAAGAGAUGGUGAAAAAGAGGGUUGAAAAGAAGGCCAGGGUGUUUGGGCAGGAAGUGGCCGAUCAUGUUGAGAGCCAAGGAAAAUACAAGGUCGAUCCAUCCGUGGUUUGUCUUCUGUACGAGAAAUGGGUAAUACCCCUAACCAAGCUUGUUCAGGUCGAAUACCUCCUACGCCGCCUGGAUUGAGCCGAAUUCAAUGCCUAAUGCUCGAGGAAACGUAUUUGAUGCUGUUGUUGAAAACAUCAGUCUGUUUACGACGAAUUAUUGUUUACUUCUUGUGAUCUUUUAACUCAUGGUUUUAAACUCAUGAAACUAGCAUUUCUAGCUCAAGUUUCAGACAAACUGCUUCACCUGAUAUGUAAUCUGAUAAUGUUAGAAAAAAUUAUGUUCUCCCUAAAAACUCGUGAAAAUUAUGACAGGGCCCUUUUGUCUGCUUCCUUGUUUUAUAUACGGUUUUCUUCAUAAUU